AUGGCUUCGCUGUUCAGCUCGAGUGAUAAUAUCAUCGAAAAUGACACCCGUUCGGCCGGAACCGACGAUCGGAUUGCGCUGGAAGACAUCUGGAAUGAGCAUCAGCUCGAGCGCUGUAUGCGGUGGCUUUUGGACAAGAAACUUGAACGGGUUGCGCUACAGCUGCCGGAUGCCGCCCUCUGCCACAGCGUACGAAUUGUGAAUGAUUUGCAAACCCUGUCGAAUGGAACGGUGCUGCUGUUCGUGCUCGGCGACACGUCGUAUGGCAGUUGCUGUGUGGACGAGAUCGCCGCCUCACAUGCGAACGCCGACGGGAUAAUACACUUUGGACACGCGUGCCUUAGCAAAGCGGUGCGUAUCCCUACGCUGUACGUAUUCUACCAGCGGCCAGUUUCCGGAGAGCGACUGCUGUUGGAAUUGCAGGCAGUUUUUGAGAAUCAGCACGCCCGGUUUACGUGUUUUUACGACGUCUCGUACCAGCACGCUGUGAUAGGGCUGAAGCAACGGAUUGUAGACCACUUUCCUAACGCAACCGUGGGCACAUUGGCCGAGUCACACGAGAAACCGGAUGUGCUGUGUUGGAAGUUGCCCGGCGCGCACACCACCGCCUGCCCGGCAGUGUACGUGGGGCAUGACAAUUUGAGCUUCUUCAAUACGUGUGUUGCGAUCGCUGCCAGCCAGUGGUACCUUUUCGACGCGUCGGCCACGGAGCCAGUGCUUCGGCAAGUGCAAAAUGCCGAGGGUGCCUGGCUGCGUCGCCGGAGUUACGCCGUUGAGCGGUGCAAGGAUGCGACUACGCUUGGCAUCGUUGUGGGUACACUUUCGAUUGCCGGCUACCUGGACGUCGUACAGCGUCUGCAACGUCUGGCCAAGGCACGCGGUGUUCGUACGUACAUUAUAUCGGUGGGGAAAGUUAACGUGGCCAAGCUUGCCAACUUCGCCGAUCUCGACUGCUUUGUGUUGGUCGGUUGCCCGGAGAACGAUACGUUCGCAUCGAGAGAUUUUUACCGGCCGCUGCUCUCGGUGUACGAAGCCGAAAUAGCCCUCAACACUGCCUGGCAGAGUCCGGCGAGCGUUAAGUACACGACAAACUUUUCCGACCUCCUGCCGAACGGUCGACUUCACCGCGCAGAGGGACCGCUUUCGCAGGAGCCAGAUGUCAGUCUAAUCACCGGUAAAAUAAGGAACGUGCUACGUAAAGAGGAUGCUCCAUCCACGGAUGGCAGCACAUCGCUUGAAGUGGUCCUGAAAGGGAAAAACGAGGUGGCGCACGUCAGUUCGGCCGAUGUGUUCGCUGGGCAUUCCUGGCAAGGGUUAGAGCAACGUUUGGGGCAAGACGCCCCGGCACUAAUUGAAGCGGGCCGUUCUGGGCUUCCCAUUAAGUAUCACGAUGUAUCUUAGAUGAUGUAAAUUCAGGAAUGUGCGAAGAAGGGAACGUUCUAUGUAACGAGAUAAUGGCACUGAAACCGUAACACCGACAUCACUGGAAAUGGUAAUGAAAGGAAAAAAACUGAUGUGUCCCGUGGGCACACCCGGCAAGGGUUGGAACACAUUUUUGGUCGCGACGUGUUGUGGAUUUCAGAUGCGUCUACCAAAAUUCACUGUUCUUCCUCGGUACUUGAAAGUUUAUACGAUCCUCUGAGGAAGCAGAACGUCUUCGACUUUUUCUGACCACGAUGUUUUCUUCUUUUACUAUUCCUUUCUCUGCACUUAUACGAAAACAAUAGAAUGUUGAUAUAUAUACACAGUAUGUUUGCUAAAAACAAAUAAAUUUUAGUACAUGUUUUACCAAGUUUAAAACAAUAUUUGAUAUUGGCCCUUUGUUCCAUGUUUACUUAUUUGUAACACUAAACCUAAUGAUACAAACGUGCGUAACUUUAUUCUGGCAACCGAUUUGCACGAAAUCGAAUGCGUUUGAAAAAGGAAGGACGGAGGAUUUAUAACUAUUUUACUAACUAAUAGAUAUGGUUGAAUUUUUGUUAAAAAACCUAAGAACGAGUGUGCUAUGAUGGCUCAAACGAAACCCCAUCCAUCUUAGUUCUACGAUAA